AUGACUAAAGAAAUGCGUCCAAGUCACAGAGUUGAUGUACUCAGUGAUGCUCUUUUACAUUAUGGAAAGAAAACGAAGAUUAAUUUAGGCAAUUUGCUGAUGGCAAGGAUGAAGCGAGCUGUUGACGUGGAAGAAACUGCAAAAUCAGAUAUUGAAAAGUUAUGCAGGUGCUUUCCGUCUCACAGCAUUUCAAUAGAUGAUAUUCGUGAGUGGAUGAAGGACGAAUCGACUUUUUUUGGUCGUGAAGUUGAGACUGAAGAAGAAGAUUGGAAAUGCAAGUAUGUUAUAUACCUGGACUUGUACGCUGAUCUUUACCAUCGAUGGAAUGGUUGCACUGAUCCAAGUGAACUGACUGUUCCAUUUAAUCAGAUGAAAAAAAUCAAAGGAAAGCAAGGAUUGACUGUGUUUAAAGCUACAAAACAGCGGGCGGGAGAUAAGCGGAAGAGAGAGGAUAGGGGAGAUCCUGGUGUGAUUGAUGGAUACAAGGGACCAUGGAGUAAGUUUGUUGAUGAAGAAACUAUUGCUAAACCAUCUGAGGAAGAGUCGACAAUCCUUGAGGAGUAUGAAUUAUCGAAAAAAAAAAAAUCAAAGAAAGAUGAUAUGAAACCUUCAGAAGAGAAAUCCACCUUACACAUUAAAGAUAAAUAUGACUAUCAAAGAAGAUCAUAUCUUCACAUUCCACAAGAUCUUGGCAUUAAUCUCAAGUCAGAUACUCCUCCAGAACGUUGCUUUCUACCAAAACAACAUAUUCAUACAUGGUCUGGUCACACUAAAGGUGUUUCUGCAAUAAGAUUCUUUCCGAAAUCUGCUCAUCUUCUUCUGUCGUGUAGCAUGGAUUGUAAAAUUAAGAAACUGCAAGAUGAUAUUCAUGUAAGCGCCAACGGCUCUGUUUUUGUAAAAUCUAACAUAAGACGAGGAAUUUUACCCAGAAUGUUAGAGGAGAUAUUAUACACACGUAUUAUGGUAAAGAAAGCUAUGAAAGAUUGUAAAGAUGAUAAAACUCUUCUUCAACUUCUUGAUGCUCGACAACUUGCUUUAAAGUUGAUUGCAAAUGUCACUUAUGGUUACACAUCAGCAAACUUCUCAGGACGAAUGCCUUGUGUUGAGGUAAACUUAUGGUUACACAUCAGCAAACUUCUCAGGACGAAUGCCUUGUGUUGAGGUAACUUAUGGUUACACAUCAGCAAACUUCUCAGUACGAAUGCCUUGUGUUGAGCACAAAUCUAAAAGGUUUUGGAGUUCCAGUAAUUUAUAAUGGAUCAUAAUGGAUCACCAUUUCGCUAUUCUGUCAAGGAUUGCCAUCUAAUACAGACAUGAACAUUUUUCUGUUGAUGCGAUCGAGAAACAUAGAACAAAUGUUUGUGGUUUUAAUUCACCAUGAUGGAGGACUUAUAUAAAUAAAGAAAUUGAUUAUUGACCACGAUGAAAACGUAUUUGGCUUUUGUUCACCAUUCCCUUGAGGCUGAGCUAUUUACGAAUUGAUAUUCUACUUCGUCUUAACCGCUUUAUAAAUGAGGAAAUAUGAAGAUGAUCACGAUUCCUGUCUCGACAAUUGAUCGAAAGACAAGUCACUUUUAACCAACGAUUUAUGAUGGUAAGAUUUUUACAGCAACAAAAUAUACUCAUGAGAAAGUUGUGUUUAUCUCAUGUGUUUAAAUUAGCUUUUGUAACUGUACAAAAUUUCAUUUUCUGUAAUGCAUGUACGGAACUUUUAAUAUUUAAUAAACCAAGAGGUAAGAGUUUAACCUUUUCCUAUGCCAAGAGAUGAAUUCAAUUAUGUCUUCAUUGCGAUGUUGUUAUCUUUACAAUAGUUCAAAAAUAUUUUAUGAUUAGGAUAGAGAUGACACAAAAAACCCCAAUAAAAUCACACUUCAAGUCAACUAUUGUUUCGAUCGACAAAAAUUGAAGUCAAUGACGAAAGAUAAAACAAAUCAAUGUUUAAAAUAAUUAUUAAAGCGUAUUAUAUUUGAGAUAUAGAAACAAAUUUAAUGCUAAUUAAGGGUUUAAAAAUCUAGUACAACUUGAUUAACAGCGGGUAAAACAGUGCUCUAUGCUUUUAUUUCUUCCAAAUGCUUCACAGUGUAGUUAAACACCUCGAUCGAUUUCAGCGUAGUGAGCGUACACUUGAUGAUCUUUGCAAAUUUUUUGUAAUCAAAAUAUCUUACAAUAUGUCUCAAAAGAACUGGUCAUCUUUGAAAUCAGCCGAUAGUUUGAAAUUUGCAUGAUUCAGCGGCAAUGAUUGAUCUCCACGCUAGGAGGUAUAAAUGUAAUUAAAAUAAGUUUCUUGACUGGGAUUUUUAAUGCACUGUAGCUUCUAUAUUAUACGUAUGUAGUUAUUAAUUUAUUAUGUAUUUAACUACGUUUAAUUAAGGCUCCUUGAGGAUCAAUUUUUGCUGAAUCAUGGAAAUUGUAAAUGUCA